CUAAUCCAAUUCAUAAUUCAUAACUAAAAUCGCUCACAAAUAUUUCAAAAAAAAAAAAAAAAAUCAAGUUUUAAUUUAACAUACUUAUUAAGUUUAAACAAAUGGCCAUUACCUCAACUUCAUUUUCAAUGCUUACACCUUCAUCUAAUUUUACCUUCAAAUCGAACUCUCCACAAUUGUAUACAAAUUAUGUAAAAUGCAAAGGAAGCCGAGUUUCGGCUGCUUACGCCACUGCAACGGCGGAGACGGAAACGAUUAGAUCGUUUCGUAAUGUGAGUCACUCGACGACAUUGUACGAUGUGCUUGGUGUUCGUGUUGGGGCCGAUAUACGAGAAGUCAAGUCAGCGUAUCGUAAAUUGGCAAGAGUGUUGCAUCCGGACGUUGAAAGUAGUGACUCAUCCGCGGAUGAGUUCAUGAAAAUACAUUCGGCUUAUACUACGUUAACAGACCCUGAAAAACGAGCGGAUUAUGACCGGACUUUGUUUGUUAACCAGAGACGAACUGGUUCGUCUCCAGUGAGAACAAGUGCAUCAUAUAAAAGCCGAAGAUGGGAGACCGACCAAUGUUGGUAGGUCUCAAAGAAUUUUUUAAUGAUCGAUUCGAGACAUGGCAUCAUAAAAGUGGAGUUAAUAUAUGGCUUUGCAUUAUUGUUAGUCGUUGAAACUGGUCACUAUUAUGACGAUUAUGGAAGCCCGAUUUUAGAAAAUGUAUCAUUAAUAUAUCGGAUCGACGUUUUAGAGAUCUUAAAGUUGUAGAUAUGGAGAUUAAAUGUAUGUUUUAUUUCAAGAGCCAAUUUCACAAUAUUUUGAUAGAUUUUGAAGUCAAUGUAUUGAAACUGGAAAUUAUGGUUUUA